AUGGGCUCGUAUAUUCAGCUUAAACACGAGAACUGUGUGGAAGAUUUAAAAGCAUCGGAAACAAUGUCCACCGUGAUCUCUUCGGGAAAAGCUUCGUCGCUUUCAAUAUCCGACGUUUUGAAGCAAUUUCAUACGGAUCCUGUUCGCGGCUUGAGCUAUGAUGAGGUUGAAAGACGGCGCAAAUUUCACGGUUUAAAUGAAUUCGAUCUUGUCGAGGAUGUUCCUCUUUGGAGAAAAUAUAUCGAACAGGUACAGCUUGGAGUUCUAUUUACUUAACCUAUCAUAUUUUAUAUCAGUGCAGGUAGACACAGUCACUGGCAGAAAUUUUUCGUUCAGCUGGACUUAUGAUUUUAUAAACUGUUUUGGCCUGUUGUACGUACUAUUCUUUUUAAGUUUACUUAUUCAUCAGCCUUUUCCGUUGCAUUGAUUUAAAAUGCAUAAUUUCUAGGGCCGGUCAAACACUUCCUAACUCGAAUUUACCUGUUCCCUGUUCCCCAAAAUAGAAAAAUGCCCUCAUGCAUUAAUGACUUUACGACAAAAUCUAACAUUACAUCGCGUAAUUAUCUGAGUUUUCAGUUCGAUAGAUCAUAUAUUUAACAAACGAUUUUUCCUAAUUUUACUUAUUAAAAUUUUACUUGUAACAACUUGGUGUUAUUUGAACAGGUUGUAAUUUUUUAAAUUCAAAUUUUAGUACAAUACAUUGGCCCGUAGAUAAUGAGGUUAUUACUACAGGGAAUCUAAUAGGGGUAUGGUAGGGGCUUGUAUCUUGCAAUCUUUUUAUGAGAUUUGGAAAGAGAACCAGUUGUACUCUACUUCUCCUACUGAAAUGCUUCUCAGCUGUGAGGGCCAUUGCCUUCUUAGUUGUAAAUGAUAUAAUGAUGCUAUGAUACUGUCAUCAGAGCUAUACUCAAUAUGGCAUUUUCUCUUUUCCCCUGACAGCUUCAGAAAAAUUAAACCACCAGUAAUGAAGUAAAUCAAAAUAAUAUAAAAAAUCUGGAUUGUUUUCUCUUGAAAAGCCAUGCAGAUUGUAUAAAGUAUAUUCUUUUCUCAUUCUCGCUUCAAAAGAAGUAAUACAUUCCAUAAUUGAAGCCACUGAGCCAUAGUUACUGAAACAAGUUAGCUAUGACUACAGCUGUUGAAUGUUUAAAAAGUAACCUUGUGGGUUUUAAAGUUAAAAAAUAUUAUUUUCAUGCAAUUUAUUGGAAAGUCAAGUCAUACAAGUUAAAGUUGACUUUUCGUCACAGUUGUCCAGUUUGUAGUUUUGAAACUAGCAUACAUAUAUUUUUUCAAACAAUUAAUUAAUUUUGCAUAACAAUACAAGUGUUGGGUCACCUGUGUUUAAUCUGAGCCAUGACAACCUUUCAAAAGGCUUUUUACCUCAGAGAUACUUGUUGUUUACUGUCGGUGUUGAUUUAUAUUCUUGUUUUUUGGGUUCAUUUGUCUAAUAUUUUUAUCUGUUAUUAAUCUUAGUAACAAUAUACCAGUAAUAAUACAAGGGAUGUCUCCUUUUUAGUGAUAAUAAAGGUAGUCCUAACAAAUAGCUUGGAUCUAACCCUAAGAAAUUAUAAUAUUACUAUUGCAAAAUAAUAAUGCUAUAAUUUUUUAAGGUUGUGUUGAAACAGAAAGGUGACCAUUGAUCUAAUGUUUAACUGAUUGAGUUUAUCUCUUGAAUUGUUUCAUGAGUAAAUUCAAAGGGGCAAUAUGCUUUCCUCAAAUAGAAUGUCUUUAUUUUUAUGCACAAAGAGUGCAUUAACCAGUAUAGAAGUGUAGUUGACGAAGAAAGAAAAAAAUUCAACUCUAUUUUGAAAGAGUGUUUCCUUGUGUUGAAAGAAAUAAUAAUAUAUAGAAAUAAUAUUACUAUUGAGAAAUAAUAUUAUUGUUAAUUUUUAAAGGUUGCGUUGAAGGUGACCAUUGAUCUGUUGUUCAACGCAUUGAAUUUACCUCUUUAAUUGUUUCAUGAGUAAAUUCUAAGGAGCAAUACGCUUUCCUCAAAUAGAAUGUCUUUAUUUUAGGCACAGAGAAUGCAUUAACUAGUAUAGAAAGGCAGUUGACGAAAAAAGAAAAAAAUUAACUCUAUUUUGAAAGAGUGUUUCUUUGUGUUGAAAGGUUUUAACCAGUUCCAGGAGUUGAAAACAACAGCCAAGAAGAGUUCACAUGUUCCUUUAAUAGGAUUUCUUUGUUUUUUAGACCUAGAUGAGCUUUUGUUAAAAGAAAGUUGAUUGAAAAACUCAGGAUUAAUAAACAUACUGCUUUGAUAAGUUUUUGUGAAAAUAGCUGUUUAAGGCAUUAUCAUAAGUAUAGUACAGACAAUGGUUAAGGUAGCAACUUUUUUUUGCAUUCCGACAUUCUUAUCUGGACCAUUAGGCACAGUUCAAAUGUCAAACUUUUCAUGUACAUGUAAUGAGCCUAAUCCCUUCAAUUAAGUACAUGAAAAGAUUGAUGUUUGAAUCAAUAUUAUAUCUGACAAAUCUAAUUUAGGUCCACUCAUGAAUAAGGUUUGAGGGAGUGACCUCGUUUCAAACGUCAAACUUUUCAUGUGCCGAAUCUAAUGCACAAAUUGCUAUAAUUUGUUUUGAUUGGUAAGCAUUGUAGAUCAUUGUACAUUGUGAAAAUGAAUUGAAUCCGACUACUAAAUUAGAUGUUUAAAUAAGCCGUCAAAUUUAUAACGUUUAGGUCAACCCGAAUAGGUAUGAGUUUGGUACAUGUAAAGUUUGACGUCUGAACUGGGCCUUACUUUAUAACCUCGCCAUAAUGUGGUUUAGGAGUGAAUACUUUACAACAAAAACAUGGACAGCUAGUACCAGAUGGUUGCUUUAAUAUUGUUUUGAAAAAUGGCUGAAAUGUGGAGGAUGAGGAUAGGAAAUGAUUAGUCUUAAUAUCAUUAUGAACUUGUAUAGUCAUAUACUUGUGUUAAUGUUUUCUUUCAGUUCAAAGAACCGAUGAUAGUGUUACUGCUUGCAUCAGGCGUUGUUAGCAUAAUAAUGGGGCAAUUUGAUGAUGCUUUCAGUAUAACAGUGGUGAGUAACCGUGGUAACAGUUUGAUUAAAUUGGAUUUGGUAUCUUUGACUAGAAAUCCAGCUGUAUGUGGUCAGUUUUACAAUAGCUUCUUUCUAAGUACAAUAUUUAUUCAUUUAUUUCUUUUCAUUUUAAAAUCUGCCACUCUGUGUAAGUAUAAUGACAUACAUGAACAUCCUAUGUGUUUGGCUUGGUUUGUCUAGUGGCUUUACACCCCAAGUUCAUCUAUUGUUGAUGGGUUUAAAAUAGAACAACCAGUGGCGAGGAAACCUUAAUGAAACCACAGGGCUUAUAUUACAUUAGGUUUCCUCACAAAAGAGACAAAAAUGUAAGAAUCACCAUGUAGUGGAUCUAAAGCUGAAAUUGUGCUCUGAAAAGUAUUGUAUUUUAUAAGUCAAGAUGAGUCUAUUUUUGAAGGAUUGGAAGGGAUGGAGAGUUAGUGAUAUCACUGCAAAGGAUAUUAAAAACACUUUGAGCCUUAGAAGGAGAUCACAAAUAGCCAGCAAAAAUGAAGCUGCCUCUCAUUGCUCCUCACCACUGGAGAUGUUUCCAUGGAGAGGGUGUACUGCCUAGUAAUAGGCUAAUGGGGUAUGUGCUGCUGGAUGGGGCUGCAUUUUCACUACUGGAUUGACUAUGAUGGGGCUGCAUUUUCAUUAGAGUUCCUAGAAUGGAAUCGCAUAUUUUGGGGGUAAGAAAAUUUAGAAGCGGGUAGGCGUUGUGAGAGGCCAGCACCACAUUUUUAUUUACCCAGGAAAUAUUUAAUCAAGUAGCCCCCCGCAAGAUGUUUUAUUAAGAGACAUCUGUAUUCUGGCCUCAAAUAUUUUUUGCUGAUGAUAAAGGUGGAAAAUUAGCAUAAUGAUUGCAAAAUAUCAGAAACUCAUGCAUUUUCUUAAAUUUGCUUUGUAAACUUAAGAUUUUAUUUUAAAUUUUUGGGCUAAAUUAUUUUGAACUGUUUGUUUUCAGGCCAUAAUGAUUGUUGUCACAGUAGCAUUUGUCCAGGUAUGUGUUUUUGCUCACUAGUUCUAAAGUUGAGGUUCUAUUGUGUAUGAAAAGUAAAAUUGACUAAUUUUUAUUUUUUGUUUCAUCCAUUUUUUUUAAGGAAUACCGAUCUGACAAAUCAGUAGAGGCUAUCAAGAAACUUGUUCCUCCUGGAUGUCACUGGUAAUAAAAUAAUUUUAAACCUGCUCUUAUAUGGCAAUGUCAAAAUAAAUAGUCCACUAAACAUGCUAUUCGCCACUUUAGAAACAAGAAGAAAGUGGACUGAGUUAACUUCAAACGACAAGGACCAACAAGCAAAAAUCUGUCAAUACAGCGAAAAAAAACACCUUAAAAUUAGUAAAGAUGCCAAGUUUGAUUGUGAUUUGGUGAAAAGUAAUGAAUAUAUAGCCACACAAAGUAACUGAAUUUUACAGACCUUUGCAUGGUGCCCUGCAAACGUCUGUAAAAUUUUGUAACUUUGUGAAGCAAUAUAUCUUUACUCACUUCAUCAUAUCACCUUUAAACUUGGUAAGUUUCCUAAUUUUAAGUCACUCUUUCCGACAGUGUUAAUGGAUAUAAGCUAACUGGUUUUUAUCAAAACUUGAAAAAAAAUGGAAGAGUCAAUUUUUGUUGCCCCUUAGUUCAUCUCAUUUUACACACUGAACAGUUGUAAGGUUAUAAAAGACCACCUAUCUAAACAGUCAAAAGUUUUAUAUUUUAUGAAAACUUGAAACCAAAUAAUGCUUUGAAUCUUUACUGUGGCUCAUUCAAGUUAUAGCCCAGGCUGCUUUUAUAAAAUAACUUUAUGUUUUGUAUAAGAUUACCGACACAGUAAACCAUAGCUUUUUAACCAAACAGAACGCGCAUACUGUCUUAGAUAUUUUAUAAAAGCCAAUAAAUUCAAAAUGCUUUUUGAUUAGCACUGCUAUAGCUUGUUUUGAUACACUUUUGUUAUUCCAGUCAUGAGCCCCUUUUGGAUAUAAGCCUCCCUGUUUUUAAGCCAUCUUAAAACCCGUUAUGCAGAUGUGUUUAGCCCAGGGCUUAUAAGCGGCAGUUUACAGUAAGGCAAGUAUUUGACAGAGAAAGAAGAUGAUUUCAUGAGUGUGGCCAAGGGAUUAAUUUGCAGAAUUCUUAACCCUGAGUCUUGAGUGUAAGUUCUGUUCUGACCAAUGUUGUUAGCAGAUGCCAACUGUGUUGUCAGCAAUAAAAAAUUGAAUGCGGUCAGCUCUGUUUACACUGCAAUUUUAUUUUGUUAUGCAGCGUACGUGAAGGCCAACAAUCAGAUUUUUUGGCUCGCAGCCUAGUUCCUGGAGAUCUUGUUACUAUAUCAGUGGGAGAUAGAGUUCCAGCAGAUUUAAGGCUAAUUGAGGUAGAGUAUAUGCACAUAUUAAAUAUUUGCUGUUUGGUGUCUUAAUGGACACUCUUGUAAAUGGACAGCUUUACUUAAUAUUACCAUGAGAAACCCAAAAAAAUCUGUAGUUUUACAUGUUGUUUAUAAGUGACCAUUCAAGUUGUACAUGGAUGGGGACACCUUCCAGAAAAAUUAUAUUAAUUUUACCUUGAUUUUAAUGCUGUGUUCACAUGGCACCAGACGAAUUUUUGACCAGUUGAAAAUUUGUACAUUUAGGUGUACCGUUUGCACAGAACCCCACUAUUUGUACAAAAAUUUAAAUGUUUAGUGCUUUAUUAAUUACUGUAUUUCCUCAAAUAAUAGCCGGGGAUGAUUAUUUCUUUUUUCGCAUCAGAAGGGGGGAUUAUUCAAGGGAGGCGGUUAUUAAUAUAGCUCACUGGAAGUCGUGCCCUCAAUAUUUUGUUUUAUUAAUUCCAUUAAAUAAAAAGAAAAUUAUCACAUCAAAUAAACUGAACAUGGGCUUCCAAAUUUGUUCCAAAUUUGUUUCCUUGAUACUUUUCAGAGCUUGAAUUAUUACAGAUCAGUUUUGCUGUCCAGGGGCCCGUUUCUCGAAAGUCCCGAUAAUUAACGGGCCCGGUAAGCUGUUGCCAUUUACAUUAAAGACCGCGGUUUCAGUAGUUUUGCAUCUAACAUGAUAAAACUAUCAGUUAAUAAAACAAAAUGGAGUAGUUUUCUAGCCAGGACCCGUGCUCUUAUUCUUUUUAUUUCUACUUGAAUAUUUGAUUUCGGGCCCGAAAAGUUACCGGGCCUUUCGAGAAACAGGCCCCUGAUCAGAUUCCACUUCAAAGUGACAUGGAGGGGAUAAAAGAAAGAGAAGAUGGAGAGAGGGGUGGGGGCAAUUAGGGGGGCGAUUAUUUGAGGGUGGUGAUUAAUCAAGGGACUGCUAUUAUUCAAGGAAAUAUGGUAUGUAUUUUUAGUACACAUGUAAGUGGCCUACAGGAACAUGAAAAUGAUAAACCAUGGUUUGACUUCUUUUUUUAUAGGCUGUAGAUUUAAAAAUAGAUGAAUCAAGUUUUACUGGUGAGACAGAACCAGCAAGUAAAACGACUGAGGUGAUCUCUCAAUCGAAAGCAAGUGGUGGCAUCUCACAGAGGAAAAAUAUAGCAUUUAUGGGUACUUUGGUUCGUUGCGGCCGUGGCAAGGUGGGUAAAAUCAAAAAUAUAUAAAUGAUGCAGUAAUGUUAUAGUUGUCAACUUCAUCUUCACUCACACAGAUGAUCAUAUACUAACUUACAUGUAACCUUUAAAGUGAAUCCUGGGUGCAAACCUUUCACUGUUCAACUUCUUUUUUGGAGAACAUAAUUUGUAAACAUGUUACAGUCAAGGCAGGUCAAGCUUACCCCUCAGGAUUCUAUUAAUGAAUUGAUUAUUUAAAAAAAAGGAUUGGUUAGUCGUUCCCGUAACUAGUGUCAAAUUCAAAUCAGCAUUCCUGCUUGUGUAAUGAGCAGUGAAUAUUUUAAGAGAACUUCUCUGUAUUUGGUCAGAUUGAAAAUCUUUGAAUAAAUAAAAUUGUUUCAAAGACAUUUACAUCAAAUUCUGGGAAACUAAGCUGGUAGAAAUUUCAUAACUGCCUUGUUACACUUGCAAGAAUGCAGAGAUGAAUCUGAAAUCUACAGCUGCCAAUGGAUUCAACUUUCAAAUUAAUAAUAAAUUCAUUAAUGGCAUCUUGGUAGGUAUGCUUGACCUGGCAUGACUGCACUGUUUAUGUUUAUUGAUUUGAUUGUGGGAGUUGUAGCAGCUGAGCAAACGCCUUCAACCUGAUUCCCCUCCACAUGUAUUUGUACAUAUCAAAUUGAUCACACUUUACCCCUAAGUGUGAUGAAUUUUACACCAGUAUGAAAGUCAUUCAACUGUAUCAGUACAAAACUAUACUGUUAUAUCAUGUUGAUAUCUAUUAAAUUAAUACUGCUAUUUUUCAGGGUAUUGUUACUGGUACUGGUGAGAAUUCUGAAUUUGGUGAGGUUUUUAAACUGAUGAAAGCAGAAGAGGUAAGUGCGUUUAUCAACGUUAAUGACCCUUUAAUCCCCAACACUCACAUGCAAAUUCUCCAAACUGGUCUCUAUGCCUUUCGAUAAAGGGUAAGCUGAGAGGAUUUGUAAUUUAGGUGAUUACUUCAUUAUUUUUCUCUUGAUUGUGUAUUGAUGUUGGUUUUAAUGUUAGGAGAAAAUUGAUGUUUGUCACUUUUUGGACUUAAAGAGUUAAACUCAUUAACAGAGAUGAACAUCGGGGCAGGUGCCUGUUAAGGCUGGUGGAGCACUAAACUGCAGGCGAAUGCAAUGCGUAACCUUGACAACCCUUUGAGUGGCAUCCACUCAGGCAGGCACUGUCACACUGCUAACCAGUGGAACCUACUUACCAUAUACUUACCAUGGGGUGGGGGGGAGUGGGGGUAGGGAACAGAAAACACUUUGCAACCACAAACAACAACAGGCAAGGACACAGACAUAAAUGGCCUGACCUCAGGAGAAAAUCUGUUAAAAACCCAGUUUAUUACAAUUUAUUACAAAUAGGUUGUUUAAAAUUUAUUGAUCAUUUAAAUGAAUAUAAAGGAUUUGAGGUGUAUUAAGGUUGAAGAACCAUGCCAAAUAAUGGAUGGCAAGUCUGUGUAUAAUACGAUAUAAUACUAUACAUGUAAGCACUACUUAAUCUUCCUGUAGAAUCAGCCAGGAACUUUUUUACUUCGCUCAAUAUUCACUUGUGGCUUAAUUUACUGAUAAUUUAUUUUUUUCAUGUUCCAGCCUCCAAAAACACCUUUGCAAAAAAGCAUGGACAUCUUAGGAAAACAGUUAUCUUUUUAUUCUCUAUGUAUUAUAGGUAAGGCUUUAUUUUAGUUUAGGAUUGUAUUGAUUGUUCUUUAACAAAUUUUUAAGUUAAGUGAUAGAUACAAGUGAUUGUACCGAUCAUUAAUUAAGAUCAAUCAUUUAUCGAAAACCUGAAGCAACUCAAUAAUCAAUAUUAUGCAAACUGUGAAAUCGAUUAUCAGGGAAAAAUAAAAAUAUAUAUAUAUAUAUAUUGUUGAUAGAUAAAAGCAAUAAAGCUUGUGUUUUCCUUUUUGAUGGACUCAUUAUGCAGCUACAGUCCUUUGAUAGUUAGCUCUUUUCUAAUACAUUCCAUAUGUUUUUGUCUAGCCUGUUCCUAGCCUGCGAGCAAACUCUCCUAUUUGGGCAACCGCGCGUUCUCGUGAGACUUGUUUCACUCGCCCAAAUAGGAGAGCUUGCUUGCAGGCUAGCCUGUUCCAGGCAGUAGACCCAUUCCAGGUGUCAGAUAGUGGGGAUGGGGAAAAGACAAGUGAGCUGGAAAUAUCAGCAAGGGGGUGGGGCUAGGGGGAGAUGGUUUCAACUCCUCUCUUCCUCUUCCUUUCUUCCCCUUUGCUUUUUUCCCUCCGCUCUUCAUUUCUUGUCCUUUUCCACUAUCUGGUUGCCUGGAGAAGGCUAGUCUUUGCUGCAUUCUAAAACACGGCACAACAGCCAUGCUUAAUUGUCCUAACAAAAUGAUUGUCAUCAAUAAAAAUGGCCCUCUGUCAAAAAACUCAAAAGCUUGUAUUUCUUUGAUUUGUACCUUGGUGGAAAAUAAGGGAAAUUUGCAUAAGAAAAGUUGUCAUUUUAUGUUAAUCCAAUUAUUUCCGAUGAUCGAUUUAAUCUCAGCUGAUUCCCAACACUAAUAGAUAUGUGUUAUAGUUUCAUGUGGUUGCCACCUUCUCUUUUUUGCUUUCAAAGCUCUCAUUAUUCUUCUUGGAUGGCUUCAGAAGAGACCUGUCUUAGAAAUGUUUACUAUUGGUGUCAGGUUAGUGCAGUUCAGUGUACAGCUACUUACCCUGCGUAGCUGGCAGGAUUAGCGUGAGAGUGCCCAGAAAGUGCCACGGUCAUAAGAAUCCCGCCAGCUAUGCAGACUAAUGUUCAGCUAUUUCGCGAAAGGUUGUUGGAAAAAAUGUGCAGGCGACAAUCCUGAAAGGUAAUUAAGGUUAAUUAAAGGUUAAUUUGGAACUACCCUAUACCCUAUUUUUUCUGUUCGGAUAUCUAAGCGGAACUUUAGUUCUCUCGAAAGUUUUAGGCACGUCUUUUUUGUCUCAUGGCGGAAAUUGUUAGCUAUCUUGAAGGGUCCGGUCGAAAGUUCGAGGAAAUGGAGCAGCCGUAAUUUAUAGAAAAUUAUAGGGGACGCCUUGUCUUUAUAUCGAAAUUGUCUUGAUAAUGAAAUGUGAGAAACAAAUCCACCAUCGUAGGAAAGAGAGUAGAAAAACUCCGAGUAUCUGAGACAAAUGGAACGGUAUCCGGAAAUUUUUUUAGCCUUUCUUGAACUUAAGUACCCUGCAAGCAGAGGCCCUUCGAUCUUCCUAGAUAAGUCUAGAAAGAUCGAAGGGCUUCUGCUCACAGGGUAGAACUUAAGAAAUUUUAAGGCAACAUUUGCAUCUUCGAACAGUUACCAUAAAAUUCCGAAAAUAAGGCCCUCCAUGUGUAAGCCCCUCAAAAUAUAAGCCCCCCAAACUCGUAACGCAAAAAGCCCUCCUUUAAAUCGCCCCUCCGAAUAUAAGCCCCCGAGGGGGCUUGUACUUGGAAAUUGCCCUCAAAUACAAACUAAAAUAAAGCAAAUACGGUCAAUUUCCUUUCAACUAUACAGCUAGCCCAAUCGAUUUUGAAACGCAAAUUUCCCUCGAUAGAUAAGCCCCUCCGAAUAUAAGCCCCUCCAAAAAUAAGCCCCUCAAAAAGGGCCUUUGAAAAAUAUAAGCCCCGGGGCUUAUUUUCGGAAUUUUACGGUAUGUCCCAAAAAAACGUCGUCAUGUUCCCGGUAACCGGUCAUUUCGCCCCGGUUGUUCGAGUCAUUUAGCGCGCUUCAAAUGUAAUAUUCCUUGCUCUAAAAUAGGGGAGCGAAGUAACCGGGGCGAAAUGACCGUAAAUCGUGUUCGGUAUUCCGCUGAGCUCUCAUCACUAAACAACAGUUUUACAAUUUCUUAUCUUCAGUUUGGCUGUAGCAGCCAUACCAGAAGGUCUUCCCAUUGUUGUAACUGUCACACUAGCCUUGGGUGUAAUGAGAAUGGCUCGAAGAAAUGCUAUCGUAAAGAAGCUUCCUAUUGUGGAGACGCUUGGCUGUGCUAGUGUGAUUUGCUCCGAUAAAACUGGCACUCUGACCAAGAAUGAGAUGACAGCAACACAGAUAUUCACUGCAGAUGGACAUUAUGCUGAGGUAAGUUAAUUUACAGUUUUUUGAUUUUAGCUUGGUCUGUUCACAGACCCUCUGGCAGAGACGUUUAGAUUCAAGGACGAGGACGACUAUGGGGACGAUAUUACAGUCAAAGCAGGUCAAGCGUACCCCUCAAGAUUCUAUUAAUGAAGUGAUUAUUUGAAAAAUGAAUCCGUCAGUCGUUCCCGCAACUAUAGUUUCAAAUUCAAAUCGGCAUUCCUGCAUGCGUAAUGAGCAGUGAAAUAUUGUAAGGGAACUUCUCUGUAUUUGGUCGGAUUGUAAAUCUUUGAAUGGAUUAAAUUUCUUGGAAGACAUUUACCGUACAUCAAUUUCAGGGAAACUGAGCUGGUAGAAAUUUCGUAACUGCCUCGCGUCAGUGUCGCGUGUGAAUUCGAGGCUCAUUACACAUGCAAGAAUGCAGAGAUGAAUGUGAAAUCUACAACUACCAACGGAUUCAACUUUCGAAUAAUAAAUUCAUUAAUCGAAUCUUGAGGGGUACACUUGACUUGGCUUAACUGUAAAAGGAAAUUGUUUUCGCGUGUGCUCAAACAAUCGGCAACCCGGAAGCUUCUUCAUACUUUUUUUUCUGCGGAAAAGUUAGCAUGGUCAGUGCUCGACUUUCAGAAAAAAAUCUUGGGGCCAGCUGGCCCCCAAGUUUUCAUUUUUUGUCGCCAGAACAAGUAUUCUGGUCGCCAAAAAUUAUAUUAAUGGAUUUAGUUUUGUGAAGGAUAACGGAUUAUCGUUAGUGCACGUUUUCCCAAAGAAGAAAGUCACCUAUCUUGGGGGCCAGGUUGGCGACCAGGCGUGAAAAUUUGGUCGCCACGGAGUAAAAGCUGGUCGCAUUGGCGACCCCUAAAACUCGUAGUGGAAUGACGACGGCUACCUAACCUCGUUUCAGGGUUCUCUCUCUUGCGAAUCUUUUUUUUCUUUCUCUUGAUAGUUUUCUUGGGAGGAGGAGGAGGAGAAGGGGUUCGUGACACCCGGUGUGAUGAAUUGAGGAUUUUUUUUUUUACCUUUUUGAUUCUUUGUAGAUUCCAAAGCUGAUUUAUUUAAACUCUUUUUCCAGGUUUCAGGAGUAGGAUACAAUGGGUGUGGCAACGUGUAUAUUGCGGGCCACGCUCUUACACCAAACUGCAACUUAUCCAUUACACAAGUCCUUGAGGUCAGCUUAUCUUGAUUUUUCAUAUUACUAAGGCCACAAUUCAGUGCUUUAGAUAACAGCAUACAGCCAAUGGCCUAUUAACAAACGCCUCUUAAAAAGGAUCACCUUCCUAAAACCGUCUUAGCCUGCAAAGCCGGCGAACCAGAAAUCUAGGUAGGAAAGUAAGAACAACCGUGCUCGUUGAUCGCGAGGUAUGAGGACGCGCGCGUGUACUUCUCUCUCGCGCGCAUCACUCGUGCGCUCCAAAUCCUCACGCGCCUGCCACGCAGGUUACUAUCGCCUUUGCAAGACAGUCCUCUAAUACUGUUUCCAAUCGUUUCCCUCUAUGAGCAAGUCGACAUUGUUUUAUUGGUAACUUUCAUUUGCAAGCACUUCCAAUUCAGGCUUUCUUCAAUUAUCGAAAUUUCACGUAUGUAUUGCAAUACUUGACCAUGUAACAAUUUAGUCUGCGAGAAAUUUCCCCAUUUCGAGUGGCGAGCAAGGGUGAUCCACGAGAGAACGCGCGAACGAGCGAGGGCCCCUCUCGUGUCUCCUUGCGUGCAGAGCGCGUGCGACGUCUUACGAUCUCCCCCAAAUGAAGAGCUUGCUCGUAGGCUAGAAACAAUAGAAAAACAGGCUGUUACAAAUACCGUCUUCUGAUCCGCUAUUGUAUUUCAGGUUGGUUAUUUGUGUAACAAUGCACAUAUCCAGAACGGAUCACUUUUUGGUCAGCCAACAGAAGGUGCUCUCAUAGCCGUAGCACAGAAGGUAGAAUCUUACUAGUAACAUAUUCUUACUCCCUGUAAUGCACGUGAGAUAAAAAGGGGUUAAAAUGGUUGCUGUCAACAGGUGUGGAUAGCAGUACAUUCACAUGCUUUGAAGGCAGUGCACGGCAUCAUUCCUGGGGAGGUGGGAGGGUGGGUCGUUGACCGCCCUCUGAGAUGUGCACACAAUAGGAAAAAUGGUUGUAAUAUAUACAACGCUUGGAAUUGUGGGAUAUCUUAAUUUUAUGGAAAUAGCCUUGUUUUGUUUUAAUUUUUGAGAAUUGUAGGAAAGGACGUUUCAUGGAGUUCUGUCACAAAAUUUAACCCUAUUCAGACGUUCGGAAUUGACCACCAAAUUGAGCGAAACAAACAAAAAUAACCGCUUAAAAUAGCAUAUAAAGUAGCCCCUUUAAGUUCCUUAGCGAGUAAAGUUUGCAAUAAUAAUUUAAGUAAAAUGGAUCUUACCUUUGCAACACAGUCGUACUUUGUGUUACAUUUCAAGCCUGAAAUAGCAGCAUUGGAUCAAUAAUUGGGAGCACUAUUCAGUGAUGAUUAGAGCUUUAAUUUAAUGUAUUUUUAGCUCUUUUUUGUCUGUUUUUGUUCUCCUUAUUAUACUUUUUUUGGGGAAACUGCCCACCUACCCCUCCCCCUACGCCAACAUUACCACUUACUUCUCACUUAGGGCAAAAUGAUGGCUUCGGGGAGGGGUAGGUGGGCAGAUCGCCCCAUGUCAAGUAAUCCAAGACAGUCUUGGAUCCUGGAUUCCAGGUACUGGACUUCGGAUUCCUUGUCAGUGAAACUUGUAUUCCGGAUUCAAAUUGUUAGCGGGCUUCCAGAUUCCAAGGUUCAGGAUUCUGGAUUCAACAAGCAAAAAUCUCCCGGAUCCCGUAUUCCAGAUUAGCUUACAUGGGAUUCUAAGAGAUUCUAAGUUCUCUUAAUAGUGUCACUUUCUUUACAGCUUGGUAUUGAUGAUCCAAGGGAUAUGUAUACACGCGUGGAUGAGCUUCCAUUUAGUUCAGAGAAGAAAUGGAUGGCUGUGAGGUACAGAAAACAGGUAAGUGAUACAUAACUCAGUCGUCAGGGAACGGUUGCUUAAAACGGCUAUGUUGCGUUAUUUGCUAUAUUUUUAAAAGGCUAAAACUUGUCUAUGCAUCGAUUGAAUUCGCAAAAUAAUGGUCCGGUUGUGUUUUUUAAGAUCAUAUUAUUUAGGCGUUGAAACCGUUUCCUGUCAUCUGUUGUUACGGAUGGCAAGGAUGGAAGUGCAUUGGAACCUGAAAAAGUUUAUCCAACUUAGGCUGCGUCCACAUGAAUCCGUAUAUUUUGGUAACCGCCGAUUCGAAAAAUAAUGGUCCAGUUUUGUUUUUCAAGAUCACAUUUAGGCAUUGAAACUGUUUCCUGUCAUCUGUUGUUACGGAUGGCAAGGAUGGAAGUGCAUUGGAACCUGAAAAAGUUUAUCCAACUUAGGCUGCGUCCACAUGAAUCCGUAUAUUUUGGUAACCGCCGAUUCGAAAAAUGAUGGUCCAGUUUUGUUUUUCAAGAUCACAUUUAGGCAUUGAAACUGUUUCCUGUCAUCUGUUGUUACGGAUGGCAAGGAUGGAAGUGCAUUGGAACCUGAAAAAGUUUAUCCAACUUAGGCUGCGUCCACAUGAAUCCGUAUAUUUUGGUAACCGCCGAUUCGAAAAAUAAUGGUCCAGUUUUGUUUUUCAAGAUCACAUUUAGGCAUUGAAACCGUUUCCUGUCAUCUGUUGUUAGGGAUGGCAAGGAUGGAAGUGCAUUGGAACCUGAAAAAGUUUAUCCAACUUAGGCUGCGUCCACAUGAAUCCGUAUAUUUUGGUAACCGCCGAUUCGAAAAAUAAUGGUCCAGUUUUGUUUUUCAAGAUCACAUGUAGGCAUUGAAACCGUUUCCUGUCAUCUGUUGUUACGGAUGGCAAGGAUGGAAGUGCAUUGGAACCUGAAAAAGUUUAUCCAACUUAGGCUGCGUCCACAUGAAUCCGUAUAUUUUGGUAACCGCCGAUUCGAAAAAUGAUGGUCCAGUUUUGUUUUUCAAGAUCACAUUUAGGCAUUGAAACUGUUUCCUGUCAUCUGUUGUUACGGAUGGAAAUGAUGGAAAUGGAUUGAAACUGGAAAAGUUGAUCCAACUUAUGCUACUUCCACACGAAUCCGUAUAUUUUUGAGACCGCUUUUUCACGAAACGGUCCUCCGUCCUCACGAAACCAGUGAAUCCGGCCACCGAAACCGCAUUGUUUUGAAACCUCUCUCCGUUCCAGAGCGGUUUAACCCUUUAAGCCCCAGUAUCCACAUACAAAUUCUCCAGACUGAUAUUCAUACAUUUCCUUAGACAUAAGUUAAGAGAGUUUAAUAAAACAUCAAAGUAUUUUCUCUUUGGUGAUCAUUUUAUAUAUUCUCAUAACCUAAUCUCUUGACAAUGUAUCGGUGUCGUUAGGAGAAAAUUGAUGUUGGUCACUAUUGGGACUUAAAGGGUUAAGGCCCCGUCCACACGAAUCCGGGUAAAAAAAUAUGCGGUUUCAGAACUGUGCGGAUUCGUGUGAACAUGGCCUUACUGUAACAGUAAAACGCAAAGGUGUCUCGUACCACGUGAAUUGAAACGCAUAGACCCCGCGGAAAAUUAAGGCCUAGGGACGAGGCAAAUGCACCAGCACUAGCGUCUUACCACGGCGCCACUCAUGCUCCCGAUCACACCAGGACACAUUUAUGUGGAGCAAAAAAUGUUUAUUUGAGUAGGCACCCUGGUGAAUGUCAUAAAUCCAAGUGAAACUUAGGGCGCUUUCCAUUUGUCAGAACUGACCGGCCAGACCAUUCCCAUCGCAAAGAUAAUUUCCCUUUUAACCAAUACUCUCCGGCCAGAUCUGUCAAAUCUAAAUAGUAUGCACGAAGGAGAUGGUUUUUCAACAAAAACUCUUGCAAAAAGCUUAUUUCAUUUUCAAACUGACUGGUCGGGAAUGGUCCGGCCGGCCAGUUCUGACAAAUGGAAAGCGCCCUUAGACAAACCAACCUGUAGGACUUACAUCUUAAAGGUCAGUUAUAUAAACGGAGUUUAGCCAGUGUUUAACGAAACCGCGUUCUAAGCCAUUUUCGGUUUGCCGAACGCUUUUAUAUAAACACCAUUUAUCGUGAACAAUUUCAUAAAAGCAUAUAGUGUAGACUGGAAAAGCAUUCGUCUUCUUAGAAGAACCCAUUAGGAAAGAGAUCUGGAAGUCCAAAGAUUUCUUAAACCGCGGUCCAGGUUAGACUUUGUUUAACUAAGUCUUCAUUCCUCUUGUAGGAUUCUUCAGAGAUGUAUUACAUGAAGGGAGCGCCUGAAAAGGUGUUCCAACAGUGUACAUCGUACUACAAACAGGGUUCAAUUGUUCCUCUGGUUGCUAAGGACUGGGAAAUGUUUUCUGAUGCUGUGGCAGCCAUGUCAUCCAAGGGGCUUAGAGGUAUGUCCCUAAGGGUUUUAUUGCAGUAAUCUUUCAUCGGUGGAGUUCAUUGUGCACUUAUCGUGUCGUGUGGGGGUUUUGUAAGGGGCGGAAGAAGGGGAAUUAGUAGAAUUACCUGAUGCCAGAGAAUCUUCGUAUGUUCGUGUAGCCUGUAGCACAGGCGUUGUGUUUCCGCGUUUUUUAGGCAAGUGAUGGCCAGCACGAGGUAGGCGUGGAGCGGUGGACAAGCGCAACAGGAAAAGGCACCCUCCACAGUCGUGUGCUCCACGCUUGCCUCGCCUUUGCCCUCGCCCGCCCGAAAAACCCCAAAAUUAUGGCCCGCUCCGCUGUAGGCUAAUCUUGAAAAGAUCCUAUUGUAGCUACGAUUCGAUAUGGUUUCAUACACUUUCGCUAAGUGUUGGGAAAGUGAAAUUUAUCGGCCGAUUUUGACACUGUGGAAAUGCUCACUUUCCGUUUUGAACCAAAACACCAACUUUAGGCCGACUGUUAAUCAGCGUGGUCAAAACGGGCGUUCCAAAAGUUAUGUUUUUUGUACCGGCUUCGUCUUUUCGAAACACUCAGCAUUGUCAUUUCGUUCAUAGUGAAAUUUCAUGUCAAACUGCGAAAGCUGAGCCAUUAGGAAGCUUAAGCAAAGACGACGAAAACUUCUUUUAAAAAGUCAAUUCGCGCUGUUUCAAAAUUCAUCGCCCUUAUUCUAUGUCGUUCAACUUGUCAAAUGUUGGCGAGUUUUUCUGGAGUUGAAUUCUAAAGGACUGUAUCCAAGUUAGAAAAGAAAUUAGAAAAUCGUUUUCUUGUGUUCACGUCCGACAGAAAACGUACAUUUGGCAGUUUCACGUCGUAGUUGUGCAACGACGGGGAAGAAAUAUGCAAAAAAGUGUGAUGCAUGUUUAAGGUUGUCGUUUUGCUAAUCUAAACCUACUGCUUUUUCGACGCUCUCAUUACUGUCGUUGUCGUCGUUGCUUCACCUCCCUAUUUCCUCUUAAGUUACACCGCGUUGUCGAGAAGGUCGUGGAAAUGUAACCAGCGCCAAAGCGCUGGAAAAUUAGACACGCCACGACUGGUUUUAUUUUCCGAUUGGUUGAGAAAGUGGCGCGAAAUUUAUCGGCCAAUCACAGAACGUGGCAAUACAACUUCAGUUGUGUUUAGCGUUGAUCUGAAAGGUACUGUUUUCUGUGUGGUUUCUUUUACAGUAAUAGCACUGGCUAUGGGGCAGGAGUUACAUCAGCUGUCUUUCCUGGGUAUAGUAGGGUUAAUGGACCCACCCAGGCCAGGGGUGCGUGAAGCUGUACACACAUUGUUAAACAGUGGAGUACAGGUCAAAAUGCUCACAGGAGAUGCACGCGAGACUGCUGUUAACAUUGGUGAGUGAUUUUGCAUUAUUUACGGUGAAUCAAUUUUUGGCAAACUUUACUUAUUGGCUGUUUUAAGAACUUAUAGGAACUUUAAUUUUGAAAUAACGACGGAGAGUUCCUUACUCUCGUUUAGGAACAGAUGCACCUUUUACAUACAAGAUAUAUUUUAACAAACGUGUCUCGACCGUUUUCAAGAAGCAGUAGGUUCAUAAGGCUAGACUAUCGCCAUAUCCGUUGGAGUUUUUUUUUUUUCAGAUUUCCAGUUUUUCAGUUUGAACAGAAUUCGUUUUCACUUCCAGCUUUUUUUGUUGUUGUUUCUUGUCAACCGGUUAAGCUUGCUAAGCUUUUGUCAAGGUAUUCAUCUCCACAAGGAUACUCUUCAAAGACCUAGCUGUUAGGCUCGAUUACCAGCCGCUGUUCUGGAAUCAGCGGGAAAGGGACGGAAAUCGAGCCUAUUUAGCAGUUUGUUGUCGAAAAGCUAUCUAAAACCCUUCUCUCUCUCUUUUUGUUUGUUGCAGCGGAAAUCCUCGGUCUUGAUGUUAAUGGGCGACAAGCCUUGUCUGGAGAAGAGCUAGAGGCGAUGGAUAGUUUUCAGUUGGGAGACGUUGUACAUGAGGUAACAAACUUUUUCCUUCAUCUUACGAGUUCAUAGUUAUGCAAAAGUAAUUUUCUUUACUUAGAGCGUUCACAGAUUUUAGCUACUUGAAACGCACCGUUGGUUACAGAAGAAGUAUUUUCUGGCCUUUGUCGUCUAGAGUAGGAACCACUUUCUGGCCAAAAUUUGUCUUAUUUUGUGAGAAACUUGCAACACAACGGGUGGAUGUAGGAAACACUGGAGUGGAGUUGAUGCCAGAGUGAAAUACAAAAAGAUGCUACGAGUAGACUUGUUUCUCAAGCGCCGAGGCCGAGAAAACGCUCCGCGCAUGAAUCAAACCUUGAGUCUCCAAUUAGAUGAAGCAGUUCUUUAGGAUCUUGUAAAUAAAGCCUUUGUUACUGCACUUUCAAACUCGAAAGCGAGAAUGUAAGUUAUUUCCGAACUCAAAUGCUAAUGAUUUAAUCAUCUCAACAGACAUCGGUAUUCUAUCGAGUCAGCCCAAAGCACAAAGUAGCUAUUGUUAAGGUAGGUGCUUUUUAAAAUCAUUAUGGCGUUCACCAUUUUCACUUAGACCAUAAUGCACCUUGCCCUUUAUCGUUUAUCGCCAACUUUCACACUCUUUGAAAGGCUUCCGGUCCAAAAAUACACGCCUUUCAAGACGUUAAAUACAGUGAAGUUUUGUACCUUGUUGAAGACUCAAGACCCUGAAAACCAUACCCUGUUCACCAGCAUAUACCCGUUAAGGCCAAAUGACGGAGUGCUUUCCCCCCUCACCCCCCGGGAGCGCAGUCCAGUGUAAAAAAACUGGUACCAAAAGUGCUUCCGUUAAGAACAGCGAGUUUAGAGUGCAGUGGUACCUCGAUAUGACCAAGGGCCAAGGGACUGGCAAAAUUUGUUCGCUAUGACGAGGUUUUGUUGUAUCGAGGUUCUUUUCCAUACAAUUUGCUAUUACUGGGUAAGGAAAAUAGUUCGUUAUACCGCGGUUUCACUGUAGUAAAGAGCUAUCAAUGCUCACUCUGUUUCCCUAUCGACGUUACCUUUAUAGGAGCUAUCAACCAAGAAGGUUUUAAAAGACUGUUAGCUGCAUUAAGCAUUUCUCACUUGCUUUGCAGGCUUUACAGCAGCGUGAUCACGUGGUGGCUAUGACUGGUGACGGCGUAAAUGAUGCUGUUGCCCUUCGCCGAGCCGAUAUAGGCGUGGCCAUGGGUCGAGCGGGGACUGAUGUGAGUAAGGAAGCCGCUGACAUGGUUCUGGUGAAUGACGACUUCUCUACCAUCUUGGCCGCCAUUGAAGAAGGCAAAGGAAUUUUUUACAACAUACGCAAUUUCGUUCGGUUUCAAUUAAGCACGUGAGUGAAGUUUAAAUCUAUUAACAGUCCGAGGCAGGGGAAUGAUGUGAAUUGCGUUCAUGAGAAUCCGACGCAGGAUUAGUCGCUUGUAUUUUGCUUUUCCUUGAUCACGUCAUAGACAAGAGAAGAUAGGGGUUAUAAGAGAUUUUUCUCUUGUUGGAACAUGGUUUUCACUCUCUAAUCAAGCUAUGAAAUAAGCAACUCCGAGUAUUGAAAGGUUAUAACGAAAAUAACUAAUAGAUUUCUUAAAAAUUGAACCGUUAUGCUAGGUGUUCUCUCGAAAAGUCUAUUUCGACACUGAACACUUCCAAUGAAGUUUUACAAAAAAUGUAUGGCUCAUUAGCGUUUUUGCUAUUCAGAAUUUCUGCAAAUGUUGUUGACUCAUAUUUCCUAAAUUUUUGCUUAUGCGGGAGAGCGAAAAAAUGCAUAGUUUAUACUCAGGGUAACUAGCUCUUUCAACUCUCUAUUUCCUACUCAUGGAUACUGCAGCGUCUUCGAUGGGUUAACUGUUAUGCUAAUGACCCAAUAUGCAAACAGUGGUGUCCAACCUCAGUCCCAGGGUUCUCUCCACUUCACAAGGACGAGUAGGAGAGAAACCUAGGUGCGAGGUUGGGAAUGGCGUCAAGAUGAAUGCGUCCAUAUGAAGUGAAUUUCUGUUUCUUUCUGAGUCCUGAGCUCACUGCAUGCCAACAGUACAAACAGUUUUUACCAGAGAAAGACAACACCAACCGGUUCCCUAGGAAAUGACGUGUGAGAAACGAGUGCAGAAUUCCAUACUGAUAACGCAGCACUACCCUGAUCUGGAUAGUGCUUCUGAUUGGUUGCACAUUUGCUUUAACCAAUCAGAAGCACUACCCACAACUGGGUAGUGAAGCAUCCUCAGUGUGGAAUUUCUACGCUCUUUUCUCAGGUGUCAUUUCGCGGGGAAACUGUUGGUUGGGUCGCAAAAUGUCGGCUGUUUUCUCAGGCUACAUUUGUGGCGGAUCUCCAAGCCAGUAAAAGUGUCUUGAAAAGUUGACAUGGAAUCUUGAGGUUACUCACGAUCUUCUUUGUUGUAUGUUGUUUAGGAGCAUUGCAGCAAUAUCACUUAUCAGUAUCUCCACGUUCUUAAAGCUUCCUAACCCGCUAAACGCCAUGCAGAUUUUAUGGAUCAACAUUAUAAUGGAUGGGCCUCCUGCCCAGAGGUAAGAUAAACACGAUUAAAAAAGUUCUUACAGAGCAGUCUUACCUUGCAAUCUCAUUGAGCAGUGAUUUUCUUGAAAACAAAUAAGCAAAAGCCCCAGCCUGGGAGCAUUGGAAAAAUGAAUAGAUCUUCAGGUUUUUGAAGCCGUAUCAUGUAAACCCUUUGUUCGUGUUUUAUCUAGCGUGAGUGGCAGGCGAAAAAGGAGAGGGGAGGAGGGGGUAAAAAAACGCCAAAGGAAAAACGGGGAAUGGCUACCUCGCCCCCCCUCCCCCUCUCUCUCUCUCUCUUACGCCUGCCACACAAAGGCCUGCUUGUGUAUGAAACUAUAUUUCAACGAGUGAGGGAGGAAGACUCACAGCAUCGCAUUUAUCUAUUGUCCAUGUCCUUUUUUGCAGUCUCGGUGUCGAACCGGUGGACCGUGACGUCAUGAAUAAACCCCCGCGAAACGUAAAGAACCCGAUGAUUACCAGGGUCCUUAUUCUGAAUGUUCUCCUAGCCGCCAGCUUAAUCGUCACUGGUACAUUGUGGGUCUUCUGGAGGGAGGUAAGGACGUACGAUAUAAGGUGCUGAUAUCCGGGGAAGGGUACUUCCGUGCAAUAGGCUAUUCGGGAUGUACCGCUGGAUGGGGUCACAUUUUCACGCCUGGAUUGACUAUGAAAAGGGAGAUUUUCAAAAGAGGAAUUAGAAUGGGGUCAUUCACUUUCGGGACGUUUUUUUAUAGUGAGAAUUUUAAAAAAAAUUGUGGCCUCAUUGUAGGAUGACUGACGUACUUAAAAGGCUUUAUAAAAAAAUGUCAAUAACAUUUGCCCAAAAAUGACUAAGAUGGGGUCUAUAACGGGCCACCAAAUACACUAUAAUGGGGUAGGGGUUGUGAGAGGCCAGCGGCGCAUACCUAGCAAAAAUUGAUCCAAGUAGCCCCCUCCCUCGGGAUAUUCCACUCCUGCAAAUGGUUGAUCGAAGAAAAAUGCUUUGUGUUUGUUUGUUUUAUUUUUUUUGCAGAUGAGAGACAACAUUAUAACUCCACGUGACACUACUAUGACAUUUACGUGUUUUGUGUUCUUUGAUAUGUUCAACGCGCUUAGCUGUCGAUCACAGGUCAGUAAAUUUUCUUCUUUGGUCAACAGUUUUAAGCGGCCGUUUUCAAGCCCAUGAUCCCCUUUAGCACAAACGCAUCAACACGUGACCAGCUUGUCGCUCUACCCUGAUCCGCAGAUACAAACGGUGUUCAAUGUAAUCUGGAUGCAACGGAAUCCUGCGUAAAAAGAUAGAUAUACAGCAGGUUGUCGGAAAAAGUGCACGCGACAAUCCCGAAAAGUGUUGUGGGUGGCUUUAAAUUCAGUGUACGUCAAAGAAAUUUAAAAGAAUGGCACGAGAGGCCAUGGACGUAUGUUUGCAAGCGUUAAAGGAAAGCAACAAAAGUAGCUUAGACAGCUACAGUGUCAGGAACAGGGUAUUGCUUCUGAUCAUAUCCCAUAUUGCCCUUCGGGAUUGUCGCAUGUACAUUUUUUCCGACAACCUUUCUCGAAAUAGCUGUAUACUUCAGCUUAGUUGAAGUAAAAUGUAUGGAAAAGAACAUCGGUAUAACAAAACAACGUUAUAGCGAACAUAUCUCGCCAGUCACUUGAAUCUUCGUUCUAUCACGGUUCUAGUGUAUUUAGAGCCCGAGAGGAAGGGGGGGGGGGGGCGUGCGAACUCACGGGAACUUUGGGUAGAUGUGUGCCGGCGAGGCUUUCGAACCCUGACCCUAUUGAAUGCAAAAAUCGCACCCUUCAAACUAUACCUUGUUCAGCGGCAAAUACUCCUUUGGGCCAAUUAAGGGAGUGCCCUCCCCCCCCCCCCCCGGGAUCUCGAGGCCUUUGAUAGGAAGUUUUAGGGCCUCUUUAUAUGAAGCGAUCCAGGCUGGCCCGCUAUACCGGGCUCCGCUGGCGCGGGAUGCCUUAUUAGCUUUAAAAACUGUCAUCGUGUUUAUAUGAGAAAGCAGGCUGACCAGCGUGCUGGGAUUUCGGCUCGAGUAAUCAAGAUCUGGGCUAUCGGGCCAGCUUGCCUUUUCUCAUAAACACAACGCCAAAAACAAGGCAUAAGCCGAGCCAGGCGGGAACGUGGGCCAGCUCAACUCAUGUAAACAGCCCCCUUGCAACGACGACAACAACGACGUGCAACGUAAACAUGUUUUGACACAUUUGUUUGUGCAUCGAUUACUCACAAUUAUUUAAAAAUCCUUGUGAAUGUCUUGUCUUUCAGGUUAAAUCUAUCUUUCAAGUGGGUUUCUUCACAAACCGUAUGUUCCUGUAUGCUGUAGGCGGCUCUCUCAUGGGACAGAUGCUCGUUAUUUAUUUUCCUCCGCUUCAAGCUGUUUUUCAAACCGAAGCUCUGUAUUGUACGGACAUUUUGUUAUUGAUAUCGGUCGCUUCGUCCGUGUUUAUUGUAGAUGAGAUCAGGAAAUUCGCAGUAAGGACACGUUUAAAGCGAAAAGAACGUUCAAAGGAAUUCCAAUUCUCUGUAUAGCACUGGAUUCCACUGUAGUUCUAAUCACGUGGCACGGAUGGAGGGAAGGAACAACAACGUAGAGAUUGCAUUAGAGGCACAGCGCACGGAGUGCAUUGAAGUGACAUCGCGAUGUUAAUGAAUGAAAGAAAAAUUAUGGGGUAUAAGAGCAGCAAUUCAUUGAGGAAGUUCCUACUGAGGAUAACAAACAGACGGGGUAACUUUGCAUAUUGAGGGUAUGGUUUGGCUGAGGAAGGCUCGUGUUUUCCAAGAAGCAGUCUGGGAAGCCAUGAACAGUCAACGAUGAAUAUGACGUAGAACUGGAAUUCAUGUGACUCGACUGAAAGAAUAAGCAUGACUUGAUAACCCUUUCACUUCCAAAAUCAGUCGCAGAAACAGGCAACAAAGUUUUGAGUUUGUAGAUGAAACCCUUGGUGUGACCAUUGAAGUGAAACCUCUUUGGCAGUACUUUCACAUGGUACUAUUUAGAUGGUACGAAGUUCAAACAUUUUUAGUCUGGAUGAAAUCCUGUGGUGUUACAAUUCAAAUUAAACCUCUUCAGUUGUGCCUUUAGAUAGUUGUGCUUAUUCUCCAGUAUUUUUUCAAAAUAAAAUUAAGGGUUUUUAUCAAUCUCAGAAAUCUUGAAGGUGGAAGGUUUAUAAAGGAAUAAUGUUUUACAUAAGGAACAAUGAGACUAGUAAAUAUAGUAUCUUGAGAAUAAGAAGAAAUACGAAAUGAUUCAUGAGCUUUCAUGCGCAAAAUCAAAUUUAAUCAACUGUAUUAGUUUGUAAUUCAACGUGUAAUCCAGGGUAAUCUUUUUAUCUUCGAAUAUUUAUGUACGUUACACUGAGCGAAAAGAAGGAUCUUAAACCUUAUCAAUACAAUGUCGAGUCUGUAUAUAUACUAUGACAACAAUCUACAUCAAUUUUUAGAUGUCAUACAGCCCACUGUGCUAUCGUUUUCGCGAUCAAGGGGCGCGGCAUGGGUGAUGGGAAGGAGGAAAGAGGGGAAACCUUCCCUUCCGUUUUCGUCCUUCCCAUCACCCCUCGCGGUCCGCCCCCCGCGUGUGACUCUCGUGUCUAAAUAGAUAGAGACGACUUGGGACGAGUCAAUCCGCAGAGGGUAAGGUAGGCGCAUUUUAUUCCGGAGGCGGGGUGGGAGGGGUAGAGCUAGGGCGCUCAUUUAUUUAAUAUCAGACAGUACAUACAUUCCCGUGUAAAACAAAAUAAAACCUCUUCGUAACGUGACGCUGAUUUGUAAAUAAACGUUAUCUUUACUCCUGUACCCGAAAAAACACGCAAAUCCUCUCCCCAACGACAAGAAAAACCAGCAGUGAAGAUUAUGCUAUUCGCAGCCAUUUACAAAGAAAGCCGAAAAUACUCCAUCUUUGACCCAAAAUGUCCCGAUUUCACCACGAACAACGGUUAAACAUUAAAAAUGUUAAUAAAACGAAUUUUAU